AUGGAGGCGGAUAUAGAUACCAACUACGAGAUGAAAGAUCUCCAGAACUCGCUGCGGAACGCGACUCUCGAACUUAGUCUCGAGCGGAGUAAGCACUCGGUCGAAGCGGUAGUCAAAGACGAGGAAAUCCGGAAGUUGCGGGUCGCCCAGUGCCUCCUGCAAGACGACAACAGCGAUCUCCACGAACAACUCGAAGACGAGCAGGCACGCUCCGACGAGCUAGAGGCAUCCCUCGAAGAGGCCCUUGCACAGUUGGACGAGCAACGAGCAGAGGCAGAGGCAGCGCAAAACACCAUCCGCACCCAGGCGCGGGAAGUCGCCAAUCUCAAGGCCGAGCUCAAGGCUAUGGAGAACGUCACAUCCGACUCCAACAAGAUCCUCUCCGACAAACUCGCCCUCUCCCGCGAAAUCUCAUCAUUACGCCCUGAAGUCGAACACCUACGCGCCCAAGUCGAAUCCAACACUGGCCUCCUUGCCGAGAAACUCGCGCUACAACGCCAGAUGGCGACGCUGCAAGUCGAGCUCGAGAACGAGAAACGGACUUCCGCCCGGACAAUCGCCAAGCAAGGUAAGAAGAUGGAGCAAGACGAAGACCUCCGCAACGAGCUAGAGGAAGCGCGCAACCAACUCGCAACCGAGAAGAAGGACCGGAUGAAGGCCGAGGCAGGACUCACAAAGGCAGAGAAGGCUAUGGAGAAGGUGCAGGCCGAUCUGGAGUCACAACAACAGGCGACCGAAAGUCUGCAAGCCAAGGUUGAGAGCCUGUCUAAGAAGGAAGCCAGCAAGGCUGCUAAACACAGUGAGGCUCAAGAUGCUGCGAUUGAACAACUUCGCCAGGAACUGGAACAAGAAAAGGCUGCUCGUAUCCAAGCAGAAAAGGCGAGCAAAAAUGCUGCCUCCCGUGACGCAGAGAUUGAAGAGCUCCGACAGGAACUAGAGCAAGAGAAGCGCGAGCGUCAAAAGGCAGAGAAGACAGCGAAGAAGGCUUCACAAUCCUCGCAACAACCAGACGAUCAAGCCGAAGCCACAAGGAGAGAACUAGAAGAAGAAAAGCGAGAGCGCAAGAAGCAAGAGAAGGAAUACUCCAAGACCCUAGCUGAGCUCCAAGGCAAGAACGCCGUCCUUGAUGACAAACUUGGUGCCUUCCGUGAGAAGCUACGAACGACAAAGGAGAAGCUCAAGGAGAAGGAGGCCGAACUCGAGAGAGCAGACAGAGCACAAACUGCGCCACCAACCAAGAGCAUGGCGCCUCCUGCCACCAAGCCUGCGAAGAAUGCUCGGAAGCGCAUGGCUGCUACGGCUGAACCAGAGACUAUGCUAGGUACGCCUGGUGACGGGUUCCCUGCGAAGAAGGUGAAGCGCGCCACUUCUGUCACAGCUGUUGGCGACACAUCGACAUUCUCCCUCACACCCUUUUUGAACAAGACGUCUAGCAUUGCACUUGGUAGUCCCAUUGUCGAGGAGGAAGAAGACGAAGAAGCUGAGCAAGAAGUCGAGGAUUCGAUGCAAGAACAUGCCACACCAACGGCACCGCCCAAGAAAGCUCUCAAGCAACCAAAGCCUAAAGCCCUGGCUCCGUCCGCGUCCAGCAAAGCGAAUGCAAAACCCCGGAACAAGAAGAACGCUGCGGCCGCCACCGUCAACCCAGCCCUCGAAAUGGUAUCGGAAGAAACCGAAGACGCGCCUGAAAACGCAGCACCACAAAAAGUAGCAACCAAGGACUCGGAUGGGCCCUCGAAGAAAUCCAACAGCAAAAUGAUGAAGCCUCGCAAAUCUCUCAUGUCCUUUGCCACUUUUACCGAAGAACCGGCUGCCGAAAAGAAGAAGAAGCGGAAAUUGGGGGCUACGGCGGGGAAGACACUUUUCGAUGCCGAGGAAGGAGAUGAUGCCGAGGAAGCUGUGCCCAGCUUGAAACCUGUGGGACUUAGUAAAGGCCUUUUUGCUGCAAGGGCGUUGAGUAAGAGUGGUAUGGGGAAACAGGCGAGGCCGAUUAGUGGCGGGUUCAAUAUGAUGAGUGAGGAGGCGUUUACGUUUAGUCCGUUGAAGAAGGAUAGGAGGGGGGCUAGUAUUUUGAAGUAG